AUGUCUUCUUACUACCAUUACAAUCACCACCAACCGUCGCCUGCUGCGCCAUCUGUCUCCCACAACCACCACGGCGGGCGAAAUCGGAGGGCGCCAAGGCUGUCCGUUUCGCAGAACUCCCAGAGGCAGUUUCGUGGCGUGCGCAGCAUGAAGGAGCUUUCUGAGACGGCCGCCGUGUCUACUUUCCGAACCCAGUUCGAGUCCAGUCGGUCCUUCGACUUGGAAGACGACAUGGAGUUCUGCCCCAAGUUAUUAACCGAGAGUGAUUUGGUUUCGAUAAGCAGUGCCUCUUCAGAUCGGUCAUCUUUGUCUAGCAACUCCCCUCAUGCGUCUCCGACGCAACAAACUCAACAGGUUGCACCCAGCUUCUCUCUUAACUCGACGUCCCCAGCCUUCAUUCCUCCCACCUAUCAAAGCCACCACAGCCAAUUGAAGGUACACCAGCCUGCCGCCACACGAGCCCGCAAUGCCAUUGCUAUCAUCAACCCAGCAAACGGCAUGUCUCUGUCUCCACCUCCCAUGGGUCGGCGGUGGUAA